GAGCGGGUGCGCAGGCGGCUUCCGGUGUGGGUGACGAGUGGUGGCCGAAUCAGGGGGACAUCAAGGGACGUUCAGGCAGGGACCAUGGCGGACGGCGGCUCGGAGCGGGCUGAUGGGCGCAUCGUCAAGAUGGAGGUGGACUACAGCGCCACGGUGGAUCAACGACUGCCCGAGUGCGAGAAGUUGGCCAAGGAAGGAAGACUUCAAGAAGUCAUUGAAACCCUUCUCUCUUUGGAGAAACAGACCCGCACUGCUUCUGAUAUGGUGUCUACAUCCCGCAUCUUAGUUGCAGUAGUGAAGAUGUGCUAUGAGGCUAAAGAAUGGGAUUUACUUAAUGAAAAUAUUAUGCUUUUGUCAAAAAGACGGAGUCAGUUAAAACAAGCUGUUGCAAAAAUGGUUCAACAGUGCUGUACUUACGUUGAGGAAAUCACAGACCUUCCAAUCAAACUUCGAUUAAUUGAUACCCUACGAAUGGUUACAGAAGGAAAGAUUUAUGUUGAAAUUGAGCGUGCUCGACUGACGAAAACGUUAGCAACUAUAAAAGAGCAAAACGGUGACGUGAAAGAGGCCGCCUCCAUUUUACAGGAGUUACAGGUGGAAACCUACGGGUCAAUGGAAAAGAAGGAGAGAGUGGAGUUUAUCUUGGAGCAAAUGAGGCUCUGCCUAGCUGUGAAGGAUUACAUUCGUACACAAAUCAUCAGCAAGAAAAUUAACACCAAAUUUUUCCAGGAAGAAAAUACAGAGAAAUUAAAAUUGAAAUAUUAUAACUUAAUGAUUCAGCUGGAUCAACAUGAGGGAUCUUAUUUGUCUAUUUGUAAGCACUACAGAGCAAUAUAUGAUACUCCCUGUAUACAGGCAGAAAGUGAAAAGUGGCAACAGGCUCUGAAAAGUGUCGUCCUCUAUGUGAUUUUGGCUCCUUUUGACAACGAACAGUCAGAUUUGGUUCACCGAAUAAGUGGUGACAAGAAGUUAGAAGAAAUUCCUAAAUACAAGGAUCUUUUAAAGCUUUUUACCACAAUGGAGCUGAUGCGUUGGUCCACACUUGUUGAAGACUAUGGAAUGGAAUUAAGAAAAGGGUCUCUUGAGAGUCCGGCAACUGAUGUUUUUGGUUCUACAGAGGAAGGUGAAAGAAGGUGGAAAGACUUGAAGAACAGAGUUGUUGAACAUAAUAUUAGAAUAAUGGCCAAGUAUUACACGAGGAUAACAAUGCAGAGGAUGGCUCAGCUUCUCGACCUGUCUGUCGAUGAGUCAGAAGCUUUUCUUUCGAAUCUAGUAGUUAACAAGACCAUCUUUGCUAAAGUAGACAGGUUGGCAGGAAUUAUCAACUUCCAGAGACCCAAGGAUCCAAAUAAUUUAUUAAAUGACUGGUCUCAGAAACUGAACUCACUGAUGUCUCUAGUUAACAAAACUACACACCUCAUAGCCAAAGAGGAGAUGAUACAUAAUCUACAAUAAGGGUCUCAACGCCCCUAAUGCUUUUAGAAAAGAGUUAAAAUUGGAAGUCAUUAAAAAAAAAAAAAAAAAGACUGUUAUGGUGUAAAUGUUGGGUUUGUUUGUUUGUGUUUUCUAUAUUCUCAGCUCCUUUGUCUAAAAUUUAAAAGAUAGUGAAUAUGUUUAAGGCCCCUUUUGACCUUUCAGCUCCCUGAUUUUAUCGUUAACUUUGCAUUUGCAAUUGGUGCAAAAAAAAAAAAAUACAUUUCUAUUGUCUACAUACUCAAAAAAUUGUGUCAUAACUUAACCAAAUGUGUUUUUCUGUCAUUUGAAAACUUUUUAGCUGUUAUUUGUUCUCAUUCAGCUAACAACCAUAAUUAUAAUAAUAAACGUAUAUGCACAUUGACUUUCUAUACUUACGUGUGUUUCUGAACAUUUUGUGGGAUAGUGAUUUAAGUAUUUUUUAAAUAAAAGAAAUUCUGUUGUAAAGCUAUCAAUUUGAUAGAAUUUAAAAAACAACAUAGGACAUAUAAGAACAUUUGCGAUAGAGUUGUGAUUUGUGAAGAAUUUGUAUUUUAGCAUUGAGUGUAUGUAGAGUGAUCUGGUAGGCUGAAAACAUACAUGUGUUUUUUUUUCCCCUUGAGUCAGACUAGUUUCAGUCACAGUAGCUUGAUUAUUUUCAUUCCCUUUCUCUGACUUGACCAGUUGAACAAAAUCAAGUGACAUUGUAUUGACAUAGUUUAACACACAAAGUCAUUUUUAUAAGAUUUCUUUGUGACUUUCACUUAAAGGUCUAAUUACAUCGUUAAUGUUCCAAAUUCAUUAUCUCCUUAUAGGAACUUUAGUUCCAUUAUAUGAACACUGGAUUACUACCUAAAAUGCUUUAAAAAAUGACAACAAAAAAGACUCAGCCACCCUCUUAGCAAAUGGCAUAGUAUUGACUUUUUUUUUUUUUACAGAAGUUAACAAAAGUAGUUUUACUCUCAAAAGAAACAUCUGAAAUCAAUUAAUAGCAAAUUUUGGAAGUUUUUUAAAAUUUGAUAUAUUUCAGGGAAAACUGAAGAUUGAAACAAUGUUAGAAGCUUAUUUAAAAUGAUGUUGAAACAAAGAAAGUAUGAGGUCUACUUUUUUAAAAACCCAAAUGAAGGUAGUGGGGGAAAAAGACAUUCUGGAAAUAGCAUUUUUCGUAAUUCAUUUUCAUUUAAUGGUCACUAAAUUGUCCUCUGUGGUCCCAGGGCUGGGGACAUUUGUGGGGUCUCUGCUAUUUAUGCUGAGUCAUUGUGAGUAAUAACCUAGUAUUAAAUCUAAUUCUAUUUGGAAAUUUAAUGUAUUGGUCACAUUAAUAACAAACAUCUACCACUUAUCUUUAAAAAUCUAACCAAAAAUAUGGCAAGGAACACCAGAAGUUCACACUAGCAGUAGGAAUAUGCUUUAUAUUUUCUUCUGCAUGAAAAGGAUAGAAAAAAAUGAUGUUGUAUUGUUAAUUUGUAAAUCAAGUUGGAGCUAAUUUGAAUCUAGCUUCUCAUUAACUCACUAACUCAUUACCCUUGUACUUGCCAAACCUAGGCUAUUUGGCCAAAUACUUGGUUGUUAUAAAGAUCUCAAAUGGUCCUCUUCUUUGGUCUUUAUUUAACAUGCUUGCCCUCAAACUAAGCUCUUUGUGUGUUCUGAUUUGGUGCCAUUUGUUACUGUCCCAGUAACUAAAUCCCAUUUGAUUUAACUGCUCAUCCAGUUCUUGUUUUUUUCGUCUCCAAGCAAACUUAAAUUUCUUAGUGUUACAAAGAAGAAUCCAUUAACACAGGGCAGUAAAAUAUUUGAGGUGUUCAGAACCCCAAAUCCCGGCUUCCAUUUCAGACCUACAGCUGCCUGUUUGUGAAAAGGAUAGAACCACUUUGUUUUAAAUAUGGAAAAGAUAAUACUUGACUCCUUUUCAUUUUCAUUAGGUUACUAACUAGCAGAGAUGUGAUAAGCCACUGUUUUUUGUUUUCAUUUUUUAAAUGAGAUGGUUUUUGCCCUUUUAUUUUUAUAUAAUUUGUUUUUAUUUUAGAGUUCACUAGCUAUUUCUGUAAUUAUCCUCAAUUUCCAUAUGCUCACUGAAUCAUUGAAAAACUAAUCUUUAAAAUUCAUACUGUUUCCUUCUAUCUCCUCUGUUACAUGUGUGAUACAAGUACAUAUUUUACAUUGUUUUUGGCUCCUGGAUAGAGCUGCAAUAAAAGCACUAUUUGUGGGUGUGUAAAAACUUAAAGAAUAAACUCAUACUUGUAAAGAUCA